UUGCCCUCCACACAAUUAUAUUCAUCUCCCCUCUCCUCAAAGCCUCCAUCACCGAAUACUCACGACUUGGUUAUUUGCUAGUUCACCGUCAAAGUUUGAGCAGAAGAACAAUCUUUGAAGAAACACACAGAGAAAUCAUGGCAAUGUUUGCGCAGGAUCUUGAAGCCACAGAGCUAAGAUUAGGGUUACCGGGCACCAAGGAUUCCGAGCAGAACACAUAUUCUACUACUUUGAUUAGCAAGAGCAACAAAAGACCACUGCAACCCGACAUGAACGACGAAGACAAUGAUUCUUCAUCCGCCAAAAGAUCCGACCAGCAAAUUUCUCAGCCUCCACCUUCCAAGGCACAAGUAGUAGGGUGGCCGCCGGUGAGAUCAUACCGGAAAACCUGCCUCCAAGCGAAGAAAACCGAGGCGGAGGCAGCCGGGAUUUAUGUCAAGAUAAGCAUGGAUGGAGCUCCUUAUCUAAGAAAGAUAGAUUUGAAGGUGUACAGAGGGUAUACUGAACUGCUUAAAGCGUUGGAAGACAUGUUCAAGUUCAAAGUUGGUGAUUAUUGUGAGAAGGAUUUAGGGUACAAUAACAGAUCAGAAUUUGUACCUACUUAUGAAGACAGAGAUGGAGAUUGGAUGCUGCUUGGAGAUGUUCCGUGGGAGAUGUUCAUCGCCUCGUGCAAGAGGUUGAGAAUCAUGAAGGGUUCGGAAGCGAAAGGCUUAGGCUGCUGCCCGCUCUGAUCGAAGAACAAUUAGACGAAAUCAGAAGAGGUUAAGUCGUGUUUUCUCUCAUGAAGACAUAGAGCUCGGGCUUUCGAUGAAAAAAUAUAAACUUUGUUGAGUUGUAAUAGAAAAUAUUUACAAGGAGAAGAACAAGGAAAAUUUUCAUGUAUAGUUUGUUCAUGUUCUCUUCAAAGAGAGUUGUACAAAGAAAAGAAACGAUAAAAAAAAAAGUUUGGGUCCAAAUUUUUCG